AUGCCUCGCGCCAAGACUGCGAAGCGAUACCGCAAGCUCAUGGAGCGAUACUCCAUGACUUUUGGUUUUCGCGAGCCCUACCAAAUCAUCGUGGAUUCCAACCUCCUUGCAGAUGCUUGCCGUUUCAAGAUGGAUCUCAUCAAGAGCUUUGAGCAAACCCUGUCGGGCAAAGUCAAGCCCCUCAUCACUCAGUGCUCGAUGCGCCACCUCUACAACACCAAGUCGGAGCCUGGCGUGUACGCUGCGAUCGAGUUGGGAAAGACAUUUGAGCGUCGUCGUUGUGGCCACCACCCGGAUCAGUAUCCAGAACCUCUGAGCACCUUGGAGUGUCUGAACAGCGUGGUGGAUCCAAAAGACAAUGGAGUCAACAAGCACCGCUACGUGGUGGCAUGCAACGAUCAGCCCACGAGACAGGCGCUCAGGACUGUCAAGGGCACACCGUUGAUUUACAUUUCGAGGAGUGUCAUGAUCAUGGAGCCCAUGGCGGACGAGAGUGUUCAAGUGAGGAACAAGGAAGAGAAGGCCAAGCUCCGGUCAGAGAUCAAGAGAUUUGCCGAGGGAAACAAGCGCAAGAGGGACGACGACAGCGACAGCGAGGCUGGUGAAGACGGCACCAAGCAGCAAAAAGGCGAGUCUGGCGCCACAACCACUGAAUCCGAGAAGAAGAAAACAAAGAAGAAGGGCCCCAAGGGACCCAACCCUUUGGCCGUCAAGAAGAAGAAGAAGGCAACGCAGGAUACGAGUGCAUCGAAAAAGUCAAAGGACGAGAAGACACCUGGUGAUGCAGAUACGAAAGAAGGACCCAAGAGGAAGCGAAGGAAGAAGGGCAAGACAGAGACUGGAGAUGCAGAAGGAGCCAGCGCAGAUCAGAAUGCUUCUCAAGCUGUCCAGGCUGAUGGUGAUGGCUCGGAUUAA